CCGUUCGGGGUAGCUCGGUCGCCCCCGCCCAGUCCCCUCCGGCCCUCACUUGGCACUGGACACCGAGUAAGGGCCGACUGCGAGGGGCGACGCCGCCGGUUGUAGUUUGCGGAGGACGAGGGUUUUUCUCUGUGUGCCGUGGGGAAGGGAAGGGGAGGAGCGGAGGCGGGGAAGGCGCCCAUCUGCGCAGCGCUGCGCUCGGGGGGGCGCGGGCAGAUCGCUGGCUUGGAGAGGAUUGUGGCAGAUGAGAGGACCUGUGGGUCGUUCUCUGCAGACCUGGCCGCCCAGGGUGUCAGAGAGAGGUGGCGAGUUCGUGUCCGCCGGGAAUUGUUGGCUGUUGGGGAAAGUUUUCUGCGAGGUCAGUCAAGGCUUUGGGGGCUCUGUUUUGAAUGUGGAUCACCACUCGGAGUUUACUAAUGUUUACAAGGCUACGCAGUAGGGAAACGGAAGAGUUAGGUGGGGGCAAAAAAAAAUCCAUCGCCGUCCCCGAAAGCGCCAGAUACCCCUACCGGGAAGGCGCCCCUGCGCGCUCUAUCCAAGACGUAGCUUCGCAGCUUCUUUUAUAGGAAUCUCAUUAGCAUAUUGUGGAACGUCCCGCCUCAGCCUUCCGGUGGUUGGCUGUGACGUCCUUCGUGGAAUGUCCUUAUCAUUCCCCUGCGGAACGAUUGGUCGCUGAGGCGGAUGAAGGCGGGUGUAGCGCAAUAACUGGCAUGGGUCUGUGUUUCCGCUGUCUUCUUUUUUCUUUUUCGGGGAGGAGCGGGGUGGAGUGUGGUUGAUUUGAACGUCUUCGGGUCGCUCGGCCUCCAGCCUCGGAUUGGCCCUUGUCGCUGCUGGGGCGGGCUGUGCUCUUCCGCCUUGCGGUGUGGUUGGUUCUCCUCCUGGCCUCCGCCCUCCAAAUCGGCGAUUCCCAUAUGCGGCGGCUCUCGGGGGGCGCGGCGAGUCUCCCGCUGGCCUCCUCCCCAUUGGCUGGAGGGCCGGCUGGUGUCGCCCAGGCCCCUCUCCCCACUCAGCACGGCCACUUUUGGGCGCGGAGCUAUGGCAGUAGCGGGGACCCCGGGGCUGGGGGCUCGGGGCUGGGGCUGCAGUUCGGGCCGCCUCCCGCGACGCGCGAGACCGGCCCGCAGACAGUCACAGGCCGCAUCUUUGCUGACCCGAGGGAGGGGCCGCGCGUGGCCGGGGAAACAGAUCUUGAAGGAGCUGGACGAGUGCUACGAGCGCUUUAGCCGCGAGACGGACGGGGCGCAGAAGCGGCGGAUGCUGCACUGUGUGCAGCGCGCGCUGAUUCGCAGCCAGGAGCUGGGCGAUGAGAAGAUCCAGAUCGUGAGCCAGAUGGUGGAGCUGGUGGAGAACCGCACGCGGCAGGUGGACAGCCACGUGGAGCUGUUCGAGGCGCAGCAGGAGCUGGGCGACACAGCGGGCAACAGCGGCAAGGCUGGUGCGGACAGGCCCAAAGGCGAGGCGGCAGCGCAGGCUGAGAAGCCCAACAGUAAGCGCUCGCGGCGGCAGCGCAACAACGAGAACCGCGAGAACGCGUCCAGCAACCACGACCACGAGGACGGCGCCUCGGGCACACCCAAGGAGAAGAAGGCCAAGACCUCCAAGAAGAAGAAGCGCUCCAAGGCCAAGGCGGAGCGGGAGGCGUCCCCUGCCGACCUCCCCAUCGACCCCAACGAACCCACGUACUGUCUGUGCAACCAGGUCUCCUACGGGGAGAUGAUCGGCUGUGACAACGACGAGUGUCCCAUCGAGUGGUUCCACUUCUCGUGCGUGGGGCUCAAUCAUAAACCCAAGGGCAAGUGGUACUGUCCCAAGUGCCGGGGGGAGAACGAGAAGACCAUGGACAAAGCCCUGGAGAAAUCCAAAAAAGAGAGGGCUUACAACAGGUAGUUUGUGGACAGGCGCCUGGUAGUGAGGAGGACAAAAUAAACCGUGUAUUUAUUACAUUGCCGCCUUUGUUGAGGUGCAGGGAGUGUAAAAUGUAUAUUUUUAAAGAAUGUUAGAAAAGGAACCAUUCCUUUCAUAGGGAUGGCAGUGAUUCUGUUUGCCUUUUGUUUUCAUUGGUACACGUGUAACAAGAAAGUGGUCUGUGGAUCAGCAUUUUAGAAACUACAAAUAUAGGUUGGAUUAAACACUUAAGUCUCAGACUGAUUUCUUGUGGGAGGAGGGGGACUAAACUCAACCUAACACAUUAAAUGUGGAAGGAAAAUACUUCAUUUAGCUUUUUUAUUUUAAUAAAAGUAAUAUUACUUUAUGAACAAAUUUUUUAAUUGGCCAGUCGCCAAAAAUACAGCCUAUAGUAAAUGUGGUUCUUGCUGCCAUGAUGUAUAUCCAUAUAACAAUUCAGCAACAAAGGUUUCAAGUUUGAAGAUUAUUUUUUAAAAAGGUAAAUGGUUAAAUUUUACAUGAUAGAUAUUUUAUAUUUUGGCCUGUUCCCCAAAUGGCCAUUUUAAAAUGCUUGGGUACACUUCUCUUAAACAAGCGGUCUAGUCAAGGAACCUCAAGUCAUGCUUUUGCUAUCACGAAUCAUAGUGUAGCCAUCUUUAAUUUAUAUCAGGUGUAUAAAUGUACAUUUCCAAGUGAACUUGCACUUGCUAUAUUAUGAUUGGAAGUGCAGUCAGCAGAUGCUGUUGUGAAGCUAAUGUCACAAUUAUGUGCAAAGGUGUGCUUCCUGCUGUAUGUGAGCUGUAAAAAUGUUACGUGAAGAAAUAAAUGAAACUUGGCCAGUUUGUUCCUCUAGUAGUAUAUUUAAUUUUGACAUAAGUAACUUUUAAAAUUUGUCUUAAAAAUUUAUACACCAGCAGUUUAGACGAAGCCUUAAGUAAAUUUUGUAUUAUUGUUCUCGCUUAUUAUUAAUAAUGAAGUUACCUAAUUGCCAGCAAAUAAAUACGUGUCAAAACAGAAUCUGUAUUCAGACCCUGGGUCAGGAAAUUACUGCCCACUUGUCAAGUCCAGUCCACCACCUGUUUGAACAUUAUAUGGAGUUUAAAUUCUAGUGUCCAUAAAUAAAGUUUCAGUGGAACA